ACAAGCAGCGAGCUGCUCUCGUGUCUAGGAGAGUUCCUACUUCGUCGCUGCAACCGUCUCCGCCACUUCCAAACGACGGAAUGUGUGGCCUGGAUCAGGUCCGUUGAUCGCGCCCUGCUCGCCAGUGGCUGGCAGGACGUCCCAUUCAUCAAUCCCGCCAAUGUCGUCUUCCUCUACAUGCUGGUCAGAAAUUCAGUGGACGCCAGCAUUGUAACCGUCGAUGAGUUGCGAUCGACCGUGCUGGCCUGCUUGUACCUGGCCUAUUCCUACAUGGGCAACGAAAUCAGCUACCCGCUCAAACCCUUCCUAGCCAUCGCCAGAAUCGAUUCGGAUCGUCGCGGUCGGUUUUGGUACCGGUGCGUGAAAGUGGCUGACGAUUCGAGUUGGCGGAUGUUGCGGUUGAAUAGCGAUCCCGCCUACUUCGCUCGCCUCUUCAGAGAUUUGAAAUCGUUCAGU